GCUUUCUGAUUGGGCGGCCGGCAGCCAGUCCCGGGCGGCUGGGCGGUGGGACUGUGGCCGAGGGCCGGGCUGCCGGCCCCGCGGCUGCUGCGGCGGCACAGGUGAGCAGCGGCGGCGCAGCUCCUGUUGAAAAUGGAUGACUUGGAGUCAGAGUUCAAUCUGAAAGUCGUCCUGGUCAGUUUCAAGCAGUGUCUCAAUGAGAAGGAGGAGGUGCUGCUGGAAUACUACCUCGCUGGCUGGAGGGGGCUGGUCAGGUUCCUGAAUAGUCUGGGCACCAUCUUCUCAUUCAUCUCCAAGGACGUGGUGACAAAGCUGCAGAUCAUGGACCAGCUGCGAAGCGGCCCCCAACAGGAGCACUACAGCAGCCUGCAGACCAUGGUUGCCUACGAAGUGGGCAACCAACUGGUGGACCUGGAGCGGCGCUCACGCCACCCCGACUCAGGCUGCCGGACGGUGCUACGGCUACACCGCGCACUGCGCUGGCUGCAGCUCUUCCUGGAGGGCGUCCGCACAAGCCCUGAGGACGCACGCACUUCUGCACUCUGCACCGACUCCUACAAUGCCUCGCUGGCCACCUACCACCCCUGGAUCAUCCGCCGGGCUGUCACUGUGGCCUUCUGUGCGCUGCCCACACGCAAGGUCUUCCUGGAGUCCAUGAACGUUGGGUCCUCCCAACAGGCUGUGGAGAUGCUAGACGAGGCCCUGCCCUUUAUUGAGCGUGUCUACAACAUCUCCCAGAAGCUCUAUGCCGAGCACGCCCUACUGGACCUGCCAUAGGGGCUGGUGGGACCAGGUUGGGUGGGCUUCCCCUGAUCCAGAGGUGGGCAGGGCAGCCAGGACCCAUCAGUCCCACCAUGGAACUUUCUGGGCUCCCCUGUGAGCUGAGCUUGUCGGGAGCCACUCAGAUUGUGCACAUGGGCCACAGACGGGCUUCAACAGAGAAGGCAGACAUUGGCCAUCUGCUCUGCACCCUGCCUCUCCCUUGCCCAGGCAUCUCAUCUUUAUCCUCUACCAAGUUAUACUCAUGUAGUUAGGCCUCUCCUGGGUGGGUGAAGUGCUGGAGGCAGGGGCAGGCAGGAUCAGUGUUCAUGGAAAAGCUGCCCCUACUUGGGGGUCAAGUCUAUGGGCUGGGGAAGUCACAGGGCCUGGGAUGUAGUGUUUGCCCACCUGGGCUGCCUUGAGCCUUCUGUACCGGCUAGCUGACCCCAGGACAGGGAGAAAACCCCUGGGCAAGGGUCAGCUCUCCGGGAAUUCUCCCUGCCCCUGGCCUCCUCCUUAGCUAGGGGCACAUAUGUCCUUGGCUGUGACAGCAGGACCCGAAGCCCCGAAGAAAGGCCUGCUCUACCUCCCCUGCCCUGCAUGCACACAGCGGCCUCCUGCAGCCUCAAGUCUGCACAGCACAGCCCUGGAUGAGAUCCCUGGAGCCCAGGACUCCUCUGCCCAGUGCUUGCUUCUCCCUCCUCAGUGUCUACACAUCCAGAUGCUGUGUCCCUUCUUCCUGGCCCCAUACUGCUCUGUCCCCAUGUAGCUCAGGAGACCUAGAAUGACACAACAUGGGAGGAAACCUGGGCCACUUCGCCUCAGUGAUAGGCUGACAGGUGACCACACCCAACCUGGCCAUCAUCCAGUGAUUGGGGGUCUGGUCCCCCCCACAUCCUCUUCUCUGUGAGCCCAAGAUGUCAGGUGCCGAGGGGACAGUAUCCACCAAGAGCAAAUGUGUGUAAGUGAGCUUUCAGGGACCCUAGGCUCAGUAAUACAGGUGAUGGCUUUUCCAAAAUAAAGAAAUUGCACUUACAGAA